AUGCCUGGAUGGCUGUGGCGACUGAUGCUGUUUCUAGACUGUCAUGGGCCGAGGGGGCUGGCCCUUGGACUUAGCGGGCCAUUGGUUUCUGCCGUGGCUGUCAAGAAUGUCAGGGAUCAGGGGCGAUGGGGGAGGGAGGGCGGAAAGGUUGUCAUCAGGGACCGAAGUUCCCCUGCAGGCCACUUCCCCUCUGAUCGCACGAGCUUCUCUUCCCAAUGGAAAGACGGGUUGCCCAGGCGAAGAGAAGGAAGGGUUGCCACCUGUGCUUCGGUGUUCGCGAUGAAGAAUGAACAAGGCUGGCCAUAG